UGAGUGGAUGUUUAGUGUUUUUAGCGCUAUAUUUUUCAUCCAAUUCAGUCAGGCAGGUUUGGUGACAGAUAGAACAGCUACAACCUUAAGACUCUGACUCACAGGGUAAAUCCCACAGAGUUCACUUGGACAAAUGUUUUCGGAAUACUAAACUGAUUUCAAAUGUCCAUAACGUACAGCAUGGAGCAGCCAGACAGUCUGGAAGGCUGGAUAGCGAUCAAGGAGACUCCGUUCGAGGAUCCAGACGCCAGGACUCGUCUUAAGUUUCUAGUAGGCUGGAACAACGCUGAGAACAAACUCGCCAUAACUUGCCACAACGUCGCCAAGUGCAAGAAGCGCAGCGCAGACGACGAUAGAAGCUGGGCGGGGAUGUUUUCCUUCCGAGACAUCCGCCAUGCUCACCAGCAGAUGUCUCUGGUUUAUCCUCAACUGGAUCCGUACCUACCUGUGAUGCCUGAAGAGAUGUCAACACUGUGGGGUUACCUUAACUACUAUAUGGGGACGUAUAAUGAUGACACUGACGUGUCCGAGACGGUUGUUAGUGAUGUAGAAACGUACCUAAAGGUUGCUCUAGACGUUUGUGGUAAGAAGCUUGUUGUGGACACGUUGUUUAUGGAAGACUCAAGCACAGAUGCCUACUUCGAAAACUUGAACGACUUGAAGAGAAGAGGUUACGAGGAUGCUGUGAGUCGGGCUGCAGAUCAUCUUAAAGAGGUGUUAUCCCUACGAGCUGGCUCUAUCAACAUGCUGGACAUGUUAGGUGUAUAUGAGCUGGAGGACACAGCUGUUGAGGACCUGCUGAUGGCUACAGUAGAACACUUUCACUACAACCUGCAGCCUUUCCUGGAUGUCAGGGAGGUAGCUUACAUCAAGAGACAAGAGUUACAAGAUCUGGUGCAGGAUCCGGACAUCGGGGAAGGUCGCCGGACACAGUACGUUAAGGAGUACAAUGAAUGGCAGUCACAGUAUGAGACGGCCACGGAAGCCAUUCUACAACUCCAGAUCAAAUACUUCAGUGAAUGUGUGGACAUUUCAACUGGGAUGAAGGAGAGAAUGCUGGCAGACAAGCAGAAGUUUGGAAAGGCCACCUGGGACCUGCACGGCUCAAGCAGACUGAACAGGAUAGAGGAGAGAGUGUCUGGGGACACUUUACAGAUGCUCAGGGCAAAGGAGAAACACUUCCAGACACAGAGGAGAAAAAUCAAGCAAGAGAUGGCUUUCCUUGAUGAGGGGACAAACCUUAAGGUUGAGCUGGAGAAGCUGGAACAGAAAUAUUACAGCAUUCAGAUCAAGUUGUAUGAUGUGCAGUUAAAGAUCAUGGAGGAAGAAGAAGUCCUGUGUAAGAAGCAGCUGGGGGUCAUCCAGAAAGAACUGCAAGAUGAAGAAGACACUGUGAUGUUUUAUGAUGCCUAUGAAACCCCAGAGGACCUGGAGGAUGUUGACAUGCCACAGUACAACAGCCGAGCUGACCCCCGGGUCACACAGCUCAAAAUGAGCCUCAACAAAAUCUUCAGGAAAAGAGCAUUCAUCAGAAAUAAUAAGAAAAUGCUUGUUAGACAGAAGCAAGAUGAAGAAGAUGCAAAGAGGCAGCAGCAAGAUGAAGUCACCAGGCACCAUGCCAUACAAAUGAGACGUGAGCAGCAGAAACAAGAAGAAGAGAGCAGGAAGGACUGGAGGGACAGUGAGAGACAGAAAGCUCUGGAUAGACUGAAGAAUUACAAGAAGAAGUACCCAUCCCCUGUAACCAUCAAGCCACCCCGGUACCAGGCACCCAGGCAGAGGAAGCGCACGGGCAGCCAACCCAAGGAGACUGUACAAAGCACUCGCAAGAAAAGCCCCAGCUCCAAGAGUGGGCUUGCAAAUGUUGCAGCCUCCAAAUCAAGCAACAAAUCAUCAGAUGGGUCCUCCAUGGUUACUCCUCCUGCUCCCCCUCCCCCCCCAAGAUAUCCGCCCCCCGGUUGCACCUUACCCCCACCCCCUCCACCACCUCCUCCCCCUGGCCCUACCUUAUCAUUGCCCCCACCCCCUCCUCCUCUUCCCCUCCUGGUUUCCAAACUCCACUUGCAGGGUAAUGGCCACCCCCCAAAACCAAGACCCAGGAAAAGCAGUGACAAGACAAAGCAAGAACAGCAAACUCUGGGGUCUAUCGACCCCAAGGAUAUUGUUGCUGCAAGGCAACACUUAAAGAAGCCUCCUGAAGAAACAAGAUCUGGAAAUAUACAGGGUGGAGGCGACCCCAUGACUAACAUUCUGGCCCAACUGAAACUUGGCAUCAAGCUGAAGCCUGUGAAGCAGUCCGAGGAGUCAGCCCCCCACCCGAACGUCACAUCCCUGUCUGACAACAACGCCAGGCUGCUGAUGGAAACUUUAGACAGGAUCAAACAGAGAACAGAAACCCUUUCUGAUGACGAGGAUGGAAAUGAUGACAUGGAUGAAUGGGAGACCAAUAAUUGACAAACUUUCUUACCACAAAUGAAGGAAAGGAUGAAUGAAUGGAUGAAUAAAUGAAUGGUUAAAUGGAUGAAUGAAUGAAUGAAUGAAUGGUUAAAUGAAAGAAUAAACAAACUAUUGGGGAUGUUGAAGAGUAAUUCAGUUGUUGUAAGUAAAACUUCAUGAUUGUAUAGAUCAUACCCAAGAAGAAAUUGACAUGGUUUUAUCAAUGAUCAGAACAGGAAGUAGCAUAUUGUUUGAAUUUGAAUUUUGAUAUCGUGUUACCAAGUUUAACAUGGUGUCAUUUAUUUAGCGAAAGUAUUCUACUGCAUUAUAUAGUUGACUUGAAGACUAUAUGAUGCAUAUUUGUGAAUAGUACAUUUAUAUUAUGUGACAAAAGAACUGUUGUAAGAAAACUAAGAAAGUUGAAAAUCCUUUGUUAAUGUGGAUUACUUUAUAAAUUGUGUGACAUUUGAAAAUUGUGGGGAAAAAUUGUCAGAAAAAAAACAAAUAUUCACUUUAGGAGUUAGAGUUGGAUUUUGGAAUCAUACGUUUUUUUUUGUUGCAAGAGAAAUUUUGUUCUGAUAAUGUGAUAGGCACAGAAUGAAAUAGUGUAUUUUUGCAGUUAUUUGGACAGCGCUCUGGUUAAAGGUAACCUUUGCUAUUGACCAAUUAGCAAGUUAGUUAACAAUGACAAAAAAUAAUAAGCUGUAAAUUGCUGAAAAUCAGGUAACCUGAUUAUAUUGUCACAUCAACCUGGCUUCAGAUGUCAAUUUAGAUAUUUGCAGCCUCUAAACAUGGUAUUUCACAACACA